CUCCUGUUUACUCCUCCAACCUUUGUUGACUUCCUCACCAUCUCACCAUUCUUUUCUCUUGUCAACUGCAACUACAGCAACUUCACCAUUGACGCAACUCACCAAAAUGCCCUUCCACCCAGACAGCCUCCCCAACCUCGAGGGUAAGGUGUUUAUAGUGACAGGUGGAAACUCUGGGAUUGGUUAUCACACCGUAGAGCACUUGGCCAAACAUGGUGCCCACGUCUAUAUGGGCGCCCGAUCGCCAACAAAAGCAGCAGAAGCCAUCGCCAAGAUCAAGAAGUCACAGACCAGUGCCAAAGUCGACCUUUUACAGAUGGAUCUCAAGAACCUCGCCAGCAUCGCUUCAGCCACCGAUACUUUCCUUGCCAAAGAAACAGUUUUACACGGUCUGGUCAACAACGCCGGCAUAAUGGCGACGCCCUUUGAAAUCACAACAGACGCGUACGAAGCCCAGUGGCAGACCAACUAUCUCGCUCACUGGCUCCUGACCGACCGCCUGCUACCCAUCAUGCUGCGGACCACCACCACCUCGAAGCCCGGUGAGGUUCGCAUCGUCAACUUGUCAUCUUCUGGCCAUCUCGGCGCCCCCAGCUCAGGUAUCAACUUUGACGACACUUCCAUCAAAGACGGCAGCGUGUGGGAGCGCUACGGACAAAGCAAACUAGCAAACAUCCUCCACACGGAAACUCUACACAAGCGGUACGGGCCGGGCUCUGCCGGUUCAAGCGGAGAGAUAUGGGUAUCUUCGGUGCACCCGGGUGUGGUGAAGACGAACCUGGCAGAGCCCCUCAGGGAGUCCGGGUCCAUCUUUAUGAGUAUCGUCUCUAUAAUCGACAAGUUGGGUCUGGUCUAUACGGCCGACAAGGGUUCCUGGACAAGUUUAUACUGCGCUGCGGCGAGUGAGAUGACGGAAAAGGAGAGCGGUGCCUACCUUGACAUCAAUAAGCGAUUCGGGGAACCGUGGUGGAUGAGUGCCGCGGCCAAGGAUACGAAGCUGGCACACAGGUUAGAGGAGUACACUGUCGAGAUUAUGAGGAAUGGUGGAUGGAUCGAGUAGUUAUCCUUAAUCUGUUGCAUUUUUACACAUUCGAUAUUAUACGGUAUAUAGAAGGACCAUAGAUGGCGAAGCUCGUCCAAGCGUUUUCAUAGAUUCCUACGAUGUUUCAGGUCAACCGUAGGACGACCAACAACCCAGCAUGUCUGCCAGAAAUCUUUAGUGAACGGAGGACUUUCUUUGCAGUCAAGCACAAUAAGGC